CCAGAGCCGCGCCCGGGCGGACUAGGGAAGAUUUUCUGCGCGCGCCGCAGACGCCCCAGCAGCCCAGGCGCCCAAGUGUCCCGGGACGCGGGUGGUCUCUUCGCCCAGGGAUGCCUCCUCAAGGACCGGCCGCGACGCCCGCCUACCCGGCUGCUUUCUUCCAAGCCACGUCCGCCCAGGCGGGCAAUCGCUCGGCUCCCGGGGGCCCUCGUACCUUGGCAAGCCGUAGCGCAGGUGAUGUUGCAAAUAAACCUGAAAGUGGAUCGUCAGGAAAUGGGCAGCACCCAGAAUAUAUUGCAUAUUUCCUGAUUCCUGUCUUUUUCCUCAUGGGACUCCUGGGGGUUUUCAUCUGCCAUAUGCUAAAGAAAAAAGGAUAUCGCUGUACAACAGAAUCUGAGCAAGAGGAGGAGCAGUUUGGUGAGAAGAUAGAGCUGAACGAAAGUACGAAUGAUAAUGGUGACACCGUGGGGAAAAUAGUUGACUACAUUAUGAAAAAUGAAGCGAAUGCUGAUGUUCUGAAGGCCAUGGUGGCAGAUCCUGAAAGCCCUACUAGUCCGACUACGCCAGGCAGUCCGACGAGUCCAGUGUCUCCCUCAUCAUCCGGAGGCCCUCACUUGAAACACACUUGCCGAGGCCACCAUUUUCAUACGGUUGGUGGAGUUGCCGGACCAGGUGACUGUAGCCGCUGCAAUCAGAAGAGGUGGCACCUGUUCAGUCCGGCUAAAAAACCCAAAGAAGCAAGAAGAGCCCGGCACGGGGAAGUUACAGUGUUGUCUGUUGGAAGGUUUAGAGUCACAAAGGUGGAGCACAAAUCUGCUUCCAAGGAACGUAAGAACUUGAUGUCUGUCAGCGGCGUCGAAAGUGUCAACGGCGAAAUGCCGGCUACCCCUGUCAAAGAAGCCUCGAAAGAGGCGCCAGUCACACCUGCUGCCAAACAGGUACCAGGUGAAAAGCAUUGCACUCCUGCCAAGCAAGAAGAUAGAGCGAGAUCUGGCUCAGCAUGACAGUUGGACCCAGAAAGUUAUGGAAGUCCAAGCAGAGAUGGAGGCUUCUGAGGAAAAGCACACACAAUAGCUUGGGGGGAAAUUCAAAACUGGGGCACUGACGUCUCUGCAGAGAAGUAUAUAAAUGCACUAUUGCUGCGCAGAAUGUUUGUGACUGAAUCCACGCAGGUUUUGGUCCCAGGUAUUUUAAGUGCUCUAGCAACUAAAAUUUUAAGGACAAUUUAGCUGUUUGACAAGUUACUGGAGCACACAGUCAGCAAUUUUUAUAUUUAUAAAACAUUAUGUUUUUCCACUUCUAAUAAAGUUGAACUUAAUGAA